AGCUGUGUGUUCCCAAGACUUCCCAUAGAUGUUCAUUGACAUAAAAGUGAACAUAAAGAAACACACAAACACUCUACUGAGCGUAAUGUUGUUGAUUAGUUUAGGAAACUGAAUAUCAAUUUAAUUUUGUUUUCCCUCAUUUUACCAUACAUUUAUUAUGUUUCCCCACUUAGGUCUGGGAUGCGUAAGACAUCUGGACAGGAUGAGGACUGCUAUACUAUUAGGCACAGACACUAAACUAAAUUGGAGUUACAGCCAGGAUAUCUGUAGAAAUAACUACACUGAUCUUGUCACUAUAUAUAACGACAAAGAUAGUAGAAAACUGAAAGAGCUACUAGUAGGGCCAGGGCGUUGGUUUGGUCUCAAGAAAGGAAAAAAUACAUAUAAAUGGUCAAAUGGUGAUCCUUUUAUUUAUAAACAAAAUCCUCUAAAUUCUCCAAAUCCUCCGGUCUGUGUGGCUAUGACGGCAAAUGGGGCAUGGGACACAUUGAUGUGCGACCAAAGCAGAUCAUUCAUCUGUUACAGUGAUGAACCUGUUAAUUCCCCCGUGUAUCAUCAGAUCAACAUUACAAAGACUUGGUAUAAUGCUCAAAACUAUUGCAGAACUCACUUCACUGACCUGGUCAGCAUCAGAAACGAUGAGCAGAACACCGCUGUAUUUGAAAUGAAGUCAAACCUGGAACCUUCCUGGAUUGGUUUGAUAGGAGACAGUUGGGAGUGGUCUGAUGGCGGACUGUCAGGAUAUAGGGACUGGAUUGGGGAUAAACCUAACCCUGGUCAAGUGGCAUAUUUGAGUACAAAUGGAUGGGACACAGACAGAGAACCAAAAAAUGAAAGGGCAUACUUCUGCUAUAAAGCUCACAUCCAUAUCAGUGAAGAGAGCAUGACAUGGGAGAGGUCUCUGAAUUACUGUGGGAAUAAUAAUCGUAGCUCUCUCAGCAUUGAGUCACCUGUCGAGCAGAAAGUUGUCAAUGCAUUCAUGAGGAAAAACAGCGUCACAGGGCCAGUGUGGGUGGGCCUUCAGCAGAGCAGGCUCUUUGGGUUCUGGGUGUGGACCAAUACUGGGUCCAGCGUAGACUGGAGCAACUGGGAGGGUGGGAAGAAACCGAAGCUGCCUCUCUCUCACCCCUGUGGCGCCAUGAGGGAGAAUUUGGACUUGAAGACCUGGGCUUGGACUGACAUGAACUGCAUGUCUAAGCUGCAGACUCUUUGUUUUGAUCCGUCAUUCCCACAUCCCUAGUGCGAUGAAAAUUAAACUCGAAUUGCUUGAUUCAAUGAUUUAACUGUACAAGAGUAAUUUAAUUACGCAUGUGUACCCCCUUUAUCAGGCCAGGUAAAAUGUGAUGUCAAAAGUGUGUUGUAGUCAUAUGAAUCAAUAGUCGGAACCACUAUGAAAUGGAAUCCUGAAAUAUGUUAAAAGGAAAUUCACUAUGGCAUGCUUCAACUCACCUGUCACUUUUGUGUAAGCACACCUAUUUACACCAACACGCAUUGAUGGAGAUAAUUUCCAAGCACUGUUAAUGACUUAAGAAUAUAUGAAUCAAGUGCCUUGUAUUAAUAUAUAACGUGUAUGAAUCAUAUGUUUAUGUAAGCAGGAACAUGGCUUUUCUGUGUAUGUGUGUAACUUAGAUUAUUAGGUGCCACUUAGUCUGCAUAU